UCUUGCAGUUGCUCCUUUUAAAUGCCCUAUAACUUGUAGGCUUACGUUUGAAACGAGGUACUGUAACUGUUUCAUGCUAGUGUAUAAUUUUGCAUUUUCUUUUAUUUCACCUGCUACAAGAAUUAUAAUUGCCAUGCAGCCCCAUUUGCGGGAUGCUUAUCCAGAAACACAUGUACAGCAGCUUGUCAACAAGUGACAAUGUCUCAUGACUGUUUUUGUCAGGUGGCAUUUUUUACUUCCCACUGACAAAGAGAGAUGUCUUAUAUACAUUUCCAAAAUUAGCCCUUCCCAAAAUUGUAAUCUUUGUUUGCACCUGAUUGGCAAAUUAGUCCUUUUUCUCUCUUUUUGCUGCUGCUUUUGUUACAUCUUCAAAUUAAUGAAUUACUGAUUGUCCUCUACAAAAGAAACUGAAAUACAGUUGUGAAAAAGCAGUGUGGAAACUUAAUUAUACACCUAGUUUAUACAGCUGUGUGUCUAAUGACCUACUGGCCCUAAUUACUGUGUUGUGGUUCAGUCUGAGUGCUCUUGUCCUUGCCAGAAUUCUGCUCCUUUCUCUUAACCUGACUAGUGUUUCAAGCUUAAAAAAAUAACAAGUUUCCUUUUUUUGUUCUUUUCUGCAUUGUUGUGCUGAAAUGCAGUUUCUCCUCUUUCCAGAGGUCGUAGCAGUGUUUUAAAAUUGGCACCAGAAAAGCUCAAUAAUAUCACAAACUGUAAAAACAUGGAUUUUCCCUGGAGUCCUCAGUUCUUGCUGUCCAGAUCUGAAAAUGGGCACCGGGGCAGUGUUUUUAUUGUCAAUCACUUGGAAGGCUUCAAGUGCAGGCUCCUGUCCUUAGUUUGUCAUAGAUGUCCCCUCUCCAGGUGCAGGGACGGCGCAGGGCUCCCCAGGGCUCAGCAGCCACCCUGGCCGCAGUGCCCAGGUGCUGCACAUCUCCCUGCAGUCGGUAUUUGUGCCCUCCGUGCUGAGAGCUCUGAAACCCCACAUUGUUGCAGGGGUACACGUGGCUGGGUGGUCUGGGGUCUGCUCCCCUGACUGCUGUCACCACACAGGUGAUGUCUGAGUUUACCUGGAGGUUCCCAGCCAGCCUGAAAAGAUGCUUUUUCAAGGACUUCUGCUUGCACGUGCCAGAAAAUCAGUGUGCUGAUAAGGAGUGUGCUGACUGGCUUGCUGUGCAGGUGCUCAGUGAAAUACGUAUUUAUUGUGCUGAACAUAAAGCACAUUCCCACAUCUGAAUGGGGAGCUGAAGACAAGCAGAAGCACAGCUGCAAAUCUCAUGUCAAACAGGGCCUACAGCACCCCUGGCCAUGCCGAGGUUUCGCAGCGCAUCCCGCGCAGUGCGUGCUGAGGCACCAGCGCUGGCUCUGCCCCGGCACGUGGCAAAUGUGCUUCAGCGUAGCGUGGGGUGUGCUGCAUGUGCCUGACAAAGCGGUGCCAGGUGUUGUGCUCCCUGACAGCGCUGCCCACCCGUCACAUCGGAGGGUCAUCCACAGGCAAAGGUAGGUGAGAGUCCGGGCGUGCCACCCUGCGCUCAGCCCCUUGGCACGGCGAGGCGUCAGUGGGGCCGAGCCUCAGCACUUCUUUCUCUGUAGCUCCUGGAUUUUGCAGGCAUACCAGGGCCUGUAAGGAUUUAUGGUGGGGGGACAUGCGAAUUCAAACAAUGCCCGCUCGCCGUAAACACCCAGCUGGGGGUUUGCUGUGGGGCCUCGUGGAGGGUGUCCCAGAGCGGGGCCGCGGGGAGCCACGGCAGCUCCGUGAGGAGCCGGCGCGCUGGGCUGGGCAGUGUGCUCGCUGAUAAGAGCAUGCCAGUGCGCCGGGCGCCAUCCCUGCAAAUCGCCACGGCCACCUUUGUGCCGGUCCCCCUGGGGAUGGCGGCGAGGGAGGCAGCGCCAGGCACUGCGCGUGCAGAUAGGAGCGCUGCCAGCGCGGCUGCGGCCGGCUUGGUUGCAUGUUACCAAAACCCCUGGCAGGAGGGAGGUAAUGAGCUCUUCCCACCCCUUUCUCAGCCCCCACAUAGCCAGCAGUCACUGACGGCCUGUCUGUGCAUUCUGAGGCUGCACAAAAUUUCUUAGCAAUGAUGAUGUCUUUCCUCAAGCAGCAUCUGUUUUUCACACAGGAAGACCAUUUUCCUUGUCAUUUUUAAACAUAUGGCCCAGUGAGGAGCUGAGGAUGACAAGUAAGCCUGCUUGCAUUGGCAAGGGACUGUUUCAUUCUUACUCCUUUAAUUGAGUUCUUUUAUCUACUUUUAUCUAGUUCAAAAAGUAGUCUGCAAAGUAAGCACAGGUAUGCAUGGACUUGGAUAAAAGAGAAAGUGGGUGCAUGUUUCAAAUGAGGCCUCUUAAAGGAAACGUGUCCUUUGGAGAUCUUGAAUGGGUUGCCCCUGGUUGGCUGAGAAGCCGGUCUCUUCUCUUUCGCUGCGUUGGCAACCGAGAGAUGCACACAGACCGAAGGACUCCAAAUGCUGUGGAGCAAGAGCUGUGCUGGGUGCUGGCCUUGGGGCUCCUGUGUGCAGCAGGAACUUCAUCUGGGAACUGGAGCCUGCCCAGAUCCCCCUGCACCAGCUCAGGCCUCACACAGCAAUUCUGGGGCACCAUGGGUGCUGGACUUCCACCUCCCCUUCUCCUCUUGCUUCAGAUUUCUGUUUGCAAGGGUAAUCCAUUGCCAUGGUACAGUAGAGGGAGGAGUUUGGGGGUCUACAUAGGGCAGGUUUGUUUCUCAGCAUACAGAAAUCUAAGUAAAUAUUUAAUGGGUUUUAUAUUAAAAAAAAAAAAAAGAGGAGGGAGGGGUUUCAGUGGUAAGAGUUCAUUCCCAGACUGGAGCCUGGUGAGAGCUACAAGAGCAGCUGUGCCUACAGGAAGGAGGAUCCCUGUUUGCCAUUGGCAGGUCCCAGCAUUCAGAGGGUUGUAGACAAAACCUAGUAUAUGAAACUCAAUUCAGAACUGCAGUGAGGAUAGCCUGGAGACUACAACAGAUAUGUGCUUGUUACAAAGUGGCCUUUAAUAAAGCCUUAGAGAGCUGAAUGGAGGAUGUGCUGGGGUUGUCCUGUCUCAGAUGGACAAGAGCUUGGAUUAUUUCUGGCUAGGACACUGAUAAAGGGCAUGCACUAUCUUCCUGUGGGUUGUUGAGUGACAAAACUGAUGGCCAUAUCAACAGCCUUGGCAGAUUCAGAGCCAUUGAGAUCUUCAGACUGCACAUGUAAGCAGUGAAAAAGAGAUGCACUCAGAUUUUGGGGUUUUUGCCUGAUUUCUUCCCCUAUCCCAUUGCAGACAAUUGGGGGAGUACUCUUCAUAUAAGGAUGGCCGUAGUGAGCCAACCUGAUGGUUCUUUCCCCAGAAUGUUUUCCUAGCUGUCAACAAACUUAUCUAAGCACUUUGUGGUGCUUUUUAUUUCAAUUAUUCAGACAAUCUUCUUCCAUGAAUUUCCAUUUUGAAGUGCAGUUAGCUUUUCCUGUGGUGGGGACCCAGAGUUCAACUACGCAUUGGGGAAAAGCAUCACCUUUUGUUCACUUCACUUUUGUCACCUGCUUUCAUUUGAUACUCUCUGGUUCUUCUGGUGAUGGAGACAGUGAGCAAUACCCCUUUCCCAUCUUCUCCAUCCCCUCAUGCCCAAGCAGGCUUCUUUUGCUGCUCCCUCCUGUCUCUAAGCCCCUGUUUGGUUAAUCCUCUCGUUGAUACCUCGUGUACCUUGGUCUGGAGUAAGAGGGAUGUGGUGAGGCAUGGCUGGUAGGAGAGUGAUGGGGUCAGCUAUCUCCUCCAUCACUUUUGCCAGAGAUGUGGUCACGUUGGUGUGUCUGUCCUGGCUCCCAAGCAGGAGGCAAGGGAUAUGACUUGUCCUAGUGUGAAGACCUGGCAGACAGAAAGAUGGUGUCUGGCCAUAUAGGGGAAAAACAAUUAAGACUUCAAUGUUUAUUAAGAAAAAAGCAACCAGCAGUGCAUUUCAAGCACUCAUCGCACAGCAUAAUUUUGCUGUUGGAAGUAGUGGGAUUAAACAAGUCUUUCUAAUGUUGAUUUCUUUGAAUUUGCGGCAUAUAAUUAAAACAAAAUCAAUUAAAAACGAAGGAAGUGUGUGUACAAACAUUGUCAAGAAUUCCUAUCUUUCAUUUUUUAAAAACAAGCUCUAGAAAAAAUCCCCACAGAAGUUCUGUAGUGCAUAUUUGAAUGCUUUUGUUGUAGCCUCAUUAAACUUGGCUUGUCUGCAGAUACAGCUGGCAUGUUAUUAACUGUGCUCCAGGCUUGGGGAAGCCAGAAAGCAGCCUCCACCCCCUGGUGCCGGCUGGCUUUAGGGAAACGUGCCAGCAUGGGUUGGUCCUCUUCAGCUGGCUGGCUUUGGGAGCGCCUGCUGGAGCAUCUCGGCGUGGCCCCUGGUGCGGGAGCGCGGGCUCGGCCUGCCUGCAGAGCCGGCCGGCGCGAGGGGUCGUGGGCUCCCGGGGCCCUGGCUCGUGGGAGCAGCAGGGACCCACCCAGAUGGUGAUGACGACCCACAACUCUCCUGGGUGGCUUCAUCUCCCUCCAGCAAAGAUGUUGCAUCACCCACUCAGAUGAUAGGAGAUGGGUGUGAUCUUGGCAUCGGGGAGGAGGAAGGGGGGACUGGCCUGCCGUAUCCCUGUCAGUUUUGUGACAAGUCCUUCAUUCGCCUGAGCUACCUUAAAAGGCACGAGCAGAUCCACAGUGACAAACUACCUUUCAAAUGCACCUACUGUAGCCGGCUUUUUAAGCACAAGAGGAGUAGGGAUCGCCACAUAAAGCUGCACACAGGGGAUAAAAAGUACCAUUGCCACGAGUGCGAGGCUGCAUUCUCCCGCAGCGACCACCUCAAAAUCCACCUGAAAACCCACAGCUCCAGCAAACCAUUCAAGUGUACUGUGUGUAAACGUGGGUUUUCAUCUACCAGCUCAUUGCAGAGUCACAUGCAAGCUCAUAAAAAGAACAAGGAACAUAUGGCAAAGACUGAGAAAGAGGUGAAGAAGGAUGAUUUUAUGUGUGAUUACUGUGAAGAGACAUUCAGUCAGACUGAAGAUUUGGAGAAGCACGUAAUGACACGCCACCCACAGCUUUCCGAGAAGGCAGAUUUGCAGUGUAUUCAUUGCCCUGAAGUAUUUGUAGACGAAAACUCGCUGCUCUCACACAUUCAUCAAGCCCAUGCCAACAAGAAACACAAGUGCCCUAUGUGCCCAGAGCAGUUUUCUUCAGUGGAGGAAGUCUAUUGCCACUUAGACAGCCACAGGCAACCUGACUCCAGCAACCACAGCAUCAGCCCUGACCCAGUCCUGGGGAGUGUGGCGUCCAUGAGCAGCGCGACGCCGGACUCCAGCGCGUCGGUGGAAAGAGGUUCCACUCCAGAUUCGACCUUAAAGCCUUUGAGAGGACAAAAGAAAACCAGGUCUGUUGACAGAGAGGAUGGCCAGAACUGGUCUAAAGUUACUUACAGCUGCCCCUACUGCUCGAAGCGUGACUUCAACAGCCUUGCUGUUCUGGAGAUCCAUCUGAAGACCAUUCAUGCAGACAAACCUCAGCAAAGCCACACAUGCCAGAUCUGCCUUGAUUCCAUGCCUACACUGUACAACUUGAAUGAACACGUGAGAAAAGUGCACAAAAACCAUGCCUAUCCCAUGAUGCAGUUUAGCAACAUUUCUGCCUUUCAUUGUAACUACUGCCCGGAGAUGUUUGCAGAUAUCAACAGCUUGCAGGAGCACAUCCGCAUUACUCACUGCGGCCCAAACGCUACCCCUCAAGAUGGCAACAAUGCUUUCUUCUGUAACCAGUGCUCCAUGGGCUUUCUGACUGAAGCUACCUUGACUGAGCACAUCCAGCAGACACACUGCAAUGUAGGAAAUUCAAAAUUGGAUUCCCCUGUCAUUCAGCCAACACAGUCUUUUAUGGAAGUUUAUUCAUGCCCUUAUUGCACAAACUCCCCCAUUUUUGGCUCCAUCCUGAAGCUUACAAAGCAUAUUAAAGAAAACCACAAGAACAUUCCUCUGGCACACAAUAAGAAGUCAAAAGCAGAGCAGAGUCCAGUUUCUUCUGAUGUUGAAGUCUCUUCCCCUAAAAGGCAGCGGCUUUCUGCAAGCGUAAACUCAGUGUCUAAUGGCGAAUACCCAUGCAAUCAGUGUGAUCUAAAGUUCUCAAAUUUUGAAAGUUUUCAGACCCAUUUAAAGUUGCAUUUGGAGUUGCUGUUGAGGAAACAGUCUUGCCCUCAGUGUAAAGAAGACUUUGAUUCCCAGGAGUCUCUUCUGCAACAUCUCACCGUACACUACAUGACAACUUCCACUCAUUAUGUAUGUGAGAGCUGUGACAAACAGUUUUCUUCAGUGGAUGAUUUGCAGAAGCAUUUGUUGGACAUGCAUACUUUUGUGUUGUAUCACUGCACCCUUUGCCAAGAAGUUUUUGAUUCCAAGGUAUCUAUCCAAGUGCAUCUGGCAGUUAAGCAUAGCAAUGAAAAGAAGAUGUAUCGUUGCACAGCCUGUAACUGGGAUUUUAGGAAGGAGGUGGAUCUCCAGAUCCAUGUGAAGCAUAGUCACUUGGGUAAUCCAUCAAAGUCUCACAAAUGUAUCUUCUGUGGUGAGACCUUCAGCACAGAGGUAGAACUGCAGUGCCACAUCACAACCCACAGCAAAAAAUACAACUGCAAGUUUUGUAGCAAAGCUUUUCAUGCCAUCAUCUUGCUUGAAAAACACUUGCGGGAAAAACAUUGUGUUUUUGAUGCGAGUGCUGAGAAUGGUACAGCUAAUGGCAUGACCCCAACAAAUAAGAAGACAGAAGGGGCAGAUAUCCAGAACAUGUUAAUGAAGAAUCCAGAUACUUCCAACAGUCAUGAAGCCAGUGAGGAUGAUGUGGAUGCUUCUGAGCCCAUGUAUGGCUGUGACAUUUGUGGGGCUGCCUACACUAUGGAGGUCCUCUUGCAGAACCAUCGUUUGAGAGAUCAUAACAUCAGGCCUGGGGAGGAUGACUGUUCUAGGAAGAAAGCAGAAUUCAUCAAAGGUAGCCACAAGUGUAAUAUCUGCUCAAGGACCUUUUUCUCUGAAAAUGGCCUGAGGGAGCACAUGCAGACCCAUCGAGGCCCUGCUAAGCAUUACAUGUGCCCCAUCUGUGGGGAACGCUUCCCAUCGCUCCUGACCCUGACGGAGCACAAAGUCACUCACAGCAAGAGUUUGGAUACAGGGACAUGUCGGAUCUGCAAAAUGCCACUGCAGAGCGAGGAGGAAUUCAUCGAGCACUGCCAGAUGCAUCCAGAUCUCAGAAACUCCCUCACUGGGUUUCGCUGUGUUGUCUGCAUGCAGACGGUCACCUCUACCCUGGAGCUGAAAAUUCAUGGGACGUUCCAUAUGCAGAAAUUGGCAGGAAACUCUGCAACCUCAUCGCCUAACGGCCAGGCCUUGCAAAAACUCUACAAGUGCGCGCUGUGCUUGAAGGAGUUCCGGAAUAAGCAGGACUUGGUAAAGUUGGAUGUGAAUGGCCUUCCCUAUGGCCUGUGUGCUGGAUGCAUGACCAGGAGCACCAAUGGACAGUCUUCGAGCUUGACUCCGCAGGAGGUGAACGAGAGGCCGUGUGGCAGCCUGAGGUGUCCAGAGUGUAGUGUCAAAUUUGAAAGUGCUGAAGAUCUAGAGAGCCACAUUCAGGUAGACCAUCGAGACCUGACACCUGAGACCAGUGGCCAAAGGAAAGGUACCCAGACGUCCCCUGUUCCCAGAAAAAAGACCUAUCAAUGCAUCAAGUGCCAGAUGACCUUUGAGAAUGAGAGAGAGAUACAAAUCCAUGUCGCUAACCAUAUGAUUGAGGAAGGCAUCAAUCAUGAGUGCAAGCUGUGUAACCAGAUGUUUGACUCUCCGGCAAAGCUCCUGUGUCACCUGAUUGAGCACAGCUUUGAGGGGAUGGGAGGCACAUUCAAAUGCCCUGUUUGUUUCACAGUUUUUGUACAGGCAAACAAACUGCAGCAGCACAUCUUUGCAGUGCAUGGGCAGGAAGACAAAAUUUAUGACUGUUCCCAGUGCCCACAGAAGUUCUUCUUCCAAACAGAGCUUCAGAACCACACAUUGAGCCAGCACGCACAGUGAGCCACUGGCACUACAGGACACCUCUCUGCAGAAGACUUGACGGUGGCACAGUGGGGAGGACCAUUUGAACAUUACAUCCAAUCAAAGUGUCAUUUGCAACCCAGAUGUAAAACUCUAAUGAUUUGGCCAUGAGGCGCUGCUAUUAUAAGCAGCUGGAAAUGAAUAUUAAUGGAAGAGAUUAAAAGUAUUCCAUGCUCAGUAUUUUUUAUUGUCCUGCUUCAGCUAGUGUACUUUAGAGCUUCUGCUUCUGACUGAAUUUAUAGUGUUAGAUAAAUCUGCUUUGAUGCUGUUGCCCUUUGUUGCUUCUUGUAUUAUAUUGAUAGUUAAAGAUUAGGUGUGAUUUUUUUCUUUUUUGUUAACUGCUUUUUAAUUGCAAUUUUAGGUAACUGUGCAUUGUGAUGUGAUUGCUUGGCUAUUGUCUGAAUAUUUCUUUUUAAUUUUUUAAUUAAAGACUAAUGCUUUGAUUGGAUUUGCCAGUUCACCGGACAGUGAUUAAAACUAUGUAAUGAAUAUAAUCGGUUUCAGUGCAACUGGAUGGUCUGCUUUAUAAAUGUGACUUAAUCUGAUUGCAAUAACUAGUACAGUUCAAUAAAGGGAAUACAUGAGCUUAGCGUCA